AUGUCACAAUUAAGCGGACUGAUUAUGCACUUAUCAUGGCAUCACAGUGAUGACGACAGAAGCUUUUCGACAUUGAGAAGAAUCAAAACUUAUCUUCGAACAACAACAGGAGAAGAUUGUUUAUCAGCACUUGCAUUGCUAAACAUUGAACGUGAAUUUGAAAUUGACUAUGAUGAAAUUGUAAAAGAAUUCGUGGCAGUAAGCCCUAAUCCAUAG